UAAAUAACAUAUUUGAUUCACAUUAUAUAUGCUGAAAUGCUUUGAGAAUCGGCAGAUAUAUGUAUUGCACUGAUAGAGUUUGAUUUCUAAAUAAGAAACAGAAAAAAUGGUUGAUCCAAGCAAAUUAUCAUCGGCUCCCUCGUUAUCAUUUUCAAGGAGACUUUCCCUGAGGUUGACCGGAGCAGCAAAAAAGAAGGAGAUCACCAUUGAGCCGGUGCCUGAAGAAGUCGCAAUUGAUGAUCAAGUAGGGCAGCAGCAACUCACUCUCACAGAUACUGAAUAUCCACAUAAGAUCAUUCACCUAAAUGAUGAUGUUUCUGUCAAUAUUGAUGAUUUCGUGCCGGAAGCAGGAUACCAAGCGAUGAUAACACAAAUAGCAAAAGAUCAUUGGGAGAAGGGGAAAGAAGUGAUGGAUGGAUACAACAAGAUAUCUGAUCGAAAGAAGGUGAUUGAGAAGAUCAUGUUAAGUAGAAUCGAUAUACAAAUAUACGACAAGGCAUCUACAGGGCAGUUGAAAUUCAUGGAGGAUGUAGUAAAUACUUUGGAAGGUGAAGAUCUCAAGGAAAUGCACAAAGAUAUGGGAAGUACAGCGCUUCACCUUGCUGCCAUUGUUGGAUGUACUAGAAUUGUCAAGGCAAUAUCCAGCAAGUGUUCCAGUUUAACCGGAAUUCCAGAUAAAGGGGGAAACAUCCCACUUGUGGUUGCUGCGGAAAAUCUUUUCAAACAUAAACAAAAGGAGAUGGUGGAGCAUUUAUGCGAUGUCACUCCAAAAGAUUGCGCAGAACUCAUCACCAAUGGUACUGCAGGCGGUAGACUAAUCUGCAAUAUUAUUAACGCUGAUCACUACGAUACCGCCUGUCGUUUGAUCAAGAAAUUCCCGCAGUUGGCAGUGCCGAAAGAUGACAGUGGUUCAUGUGCAUUAGAAGUGCUGGCGCAAAGGCCUUUUGCCUUUCAAAGUGGAAGUUGGCUGACACCCUGGCAGCGGAUCAAGUACUCCGGUAUAUUAAUGUCCAUAUAUUGCUUGCAAGCCUUUCCUUCCUUCUGUUUUUUCACUUGGAGGAAAUUUUAAAUGCUAUCUUGCCUUGUCCAUGUUUGAUAUUCAAUUAGGACUUGCAAAAUAUUGCCUCAUUAACAU